AUGAAGUGCUUGGCCGUUCUCGGAGCGUUCGUCGCCAUCGGCCACGCUGGCAGUUUCGGAGGAGCUGGUGGCUACGGAGGUGGUGGCCUCGGAGGAUACGGAGGAGGGACCGGCGGAUACGGAGGAGGGGCUGGAGGAUACGGUGGCGGUGGCUUCGGAGGUUUCGGCGGAGGAUACGGUGGGGGACUCGGCGGCGGAUCGGGAGGCGCGGGAGGAGGACUAGGAGGUGCAGGAGGAUACGGAGGCGGCUACGGGGGUGCCUACGCCGCUGCUGCGACUAGUAACUCGGCGGCUGCCACGAAAAACGACGCGAAAAGUGAGGCCGUCACCGCGACCUCGAGCGGAGUGAGCCAGGGUGAGGCUCCCAAGAAGAAGAAAGCCUGA